CUUAGUGGAAAACGGGUGGGCUCGUACAGCAGCAGCAGUGUGUGUCUGCAGGUGUCAAUAACAACACAUUAAAACACACUCGUUUGUACAAAACUUUUAAGAUUUUAUUUUUCAUAGUUCUAGCCAGAUAAAGGACUAUAAUGCUAAGACGAAUAUUACAGAUGACUCCAGGGAAAGGAGGCUCCCAGAGCUCGGAGUCUGAGCAGCCGUCUGCUGAUAUGAAUAAUGAGUCCUCCGAGGGCUUCAUUUGUCCCCAGUGUAUGAAGUCACAUAACUCUGCUGAGGAGCUCUUCAAACAUUAUGAGGUGUUCCAUGAGCCAGGAGACCAGCCGUCCCCCUUCAGCCCUGGCAGGGAGGAUCUAACCCUUCUUCGACAGGAGGUCCAAGAUUUACAAGCUUCUCUGAAGGAGGAACGCUGGUUUUCUGAGGAAUUGAAAAAAGAAUUAGACAAAGUACAAGGACAUCUAGCAACUAACAAAGGCUCACAGAGUGAUGGUACUAGUGAAGAAUCAGAGCUUGAGAUAAGGCUCAACAAAUCUGAGACCGAGAAGUUCAACAUCAAACAGAUGAAAGACUUGUUUGAACAGAAAGCUGCCCUGCUCGCAACUGAGAUAGUUGACAUCAAAUCUCGUUAUGAUGAGGAGAAAAGCAUGCGAGAAGCAUUGGAGCAGAGGCUGGCCAAUCUAAACCAAGAUCUGCAAAAAGAGAAACAGGACAAGGAGAAAUUGGCGGCAGAACUGCUACAGAGGCCUGGAGUGGAAGACGUGGAGGUGUUGAAGAAAGAGCUGGUGCAGGUGCAGACGCUCAUGGAUAACAUGACCCGUGAGAGGGAGGAGGAGUCCGAGCGCCUCAAGAGCCAAUACGAACAGCUGCAGGCCAGCUUCACUACCUCACAGACAACAAUUGGUCAGUUGAAGGCAGAACUGGAGAAGGGUCCUCAGGAGGCAGCGGUCUACACCCAGCAGAUCCACCAAUUACAGAGCAGCAUGAACAACUUCCAGCAGCAGACCCAGCUUUUGACAGAAAAGUUAUCUCGUAAGGAGAAGGAGAGUCAGGAACUUGAAGAGCGUCUGGGUCAGGAACAGGCUUCUAAGAAGAGUCUUCAGGCUAGUCUGCACCAGAAAGACCUGGAGCUCCAGGAGAGCCAAGCCAGGGUGUCAUCAGGAGAGGCAGCCCUGAGUCGGGCCCAGGCUGAACUAACUGAACGUGGGGAGGAGGCGGCACGACUCAGGCGGGAACUUGGCGAGCUGGAGAAGGACCACCAGGAUUUGAAGGCAGAGAGGAAACAACUUCAACAGCAGAGAGAGGAUAAAGAAAACCAGGGCCUGCAGCAGCAAAGUGAGAUCAGCCAGUUGCAUGCAAAGCUGCUGGAAACUGAGCGCCAGUUGGGGGAGCUGCAAGGCCGGCUGAAAGAGCAGAGACAGCUAUCUGGCGAGAAACUCAAAGAUCGGGAGCAGCAGGUGGCAGACUUGCAGCUUAAACUGUCCCGCUUGGAGGAACAGUUAAAGGAGAGCUCUACAAAGUCUACUGACCUGCAGCUUCAGCUGGACAAAUCCAAACAGCAGCACCAAGAGAUACAAACACUUCAACAGAGCACUAAUGGCAAACUUAGAGAAGCGCAGAACGACCUGGAGCAGGUGUUGCGUCAGAUCGGGGACAAGGACCAGAAGAUCCAGAAUCUUGAAGCUCUGCUGCAGAAGAGCAAGGACAGCGUGAGCCAGCUGGAAGCAGAGAGAGAGGAUCUGUGUGCUAAGAUCCAGGCCGGUCAAGGAGAGGCAGCUGUGCUGAACCAACUAAAAGAGAAAAAUCACUCACUACAGGGACAGAUUGCGCAGCUUACCGACAAGCUCAAAAACCAGUCAGAGAGCCACAAACAGGCUCAGGACAACCUUCAUGAGCAGGUGCAGGAGCAGAAGACCCAUCUGCGUUCAGCACAAGACCGCUGCCAGAGCCUAGAGACCACCAUCUCUGAGCUUACCACACAGCUCACAGAGAGCAAAGAGAAGAUUGCCCAGCUAGACACACAGCUAAAAGCCAAGACUGAGAUGCUGUUGUCUGCCGAAGCAGCUAAAAAUGCUCAGAGAGCUGACUUGGAGAACCACCUAGAGACUGCCCAGAAUGCAUUGCAAGAUAAGCAACACGAGUUGAGUAAAUUGCUGACUCAGCUGGAGGAGCAGGGCCGCAGGCUGCAGGAGAAGCAGGAGCACUGCUCUCAGCUGGAGACCAGUCUGAAGGACGGCAGAGACAAUCUGCUGACUGCGGAGCAGAGGAUCGAGACUCUGGAGACCCAAACAAAGAAAGCCGAGGUAGAGUUAACUGAACUCCGCUCUGGAAGGGAACAGGCUCAGAAAGAGCAGCAGAUGCUGAAGCAGCAGAUCAGUGAGCUGGAGAUGAAGACGAAGGAGCUGAACCGUCUUUUAGACUCUGAGAAACAAGGAGCUGCCACACAGCAAGAGGAGCUGAAGAAGAAAACAUCAGCCCUCUCCGAAACAAGACAACAGCUGGAGAAGGCGGAGCAGGAGCGUGGAACCCUGCAGGCGAGCCUGGAUAAACUGUCUCAGGAGGGUCAGAAGCGGCAAGCAGAGCUGGACAAGAAAGUCCAGGGUCUGAGCACAGAUCUUAAGAAAGCUCAGGAGGAGAAGGAAGCUCUGACUAAAGAAAUGGCCACGGUGAAAGAGGCUCUGAGCAAAGCUUCGAAAGCUCUCAAAGAGAGCCAGACUAAAUUAGAGGCAGAGAAGAAGAGCAGCAAGGCCACUAUGGACGAGAAGGAGAAGCUUUAUCAGAAAGCACAGCAAGAGCUUCAGAAAAACACAGAGACUGCUUCUAAAGAGCUCAGCCAUGUCAAAGGUCAACUUGAGAAAUCAAUAGAGGCAGAAAAGGGCCUUCAGUCUCAGCUGACCGCACUGAACACUCAACUGAAGCAGUCUCAAGAUACACUGAAAGAGAAGGAAAACAGUGUACAGCAGCUACAGGCAGAGCUGAAGACCUCACAGGGGUCCUUCAGCCAGGAAGUGAAAAAAAUGAAGGCACAAGUUUCCGAGCUGCAGACUUCCCUCACUACAAAGACUGAAGAGGAGGCAAAGCUGAAGGAGCAGGUGACCGCAUUGUCUAAAGAUCUGAACUCCGAGAAGAAUCGCUGUGCAGAGCUGCAGAAGACCAGCGACGGCACCAAAGAGAGGCUCGCCGCCCUUCAGUCCGAUUACUACGGCAAAGAAUCGGAGCUCUCUGCUGUACGCCAGGACCUCAAGGUGUGUGAGGAGAAGCUGGUUCUAGCUCAGGAGGAGAUGGUGGCCAACAGGAACCAGCUCAGUGCUCACGAAACCCAGAUCCAGGAGCUGAAGACGGGCCGCACAACGUUGGAGAAAGACCUCAGCAAGAGAGACGAGAAGAUCAAACAGCAGACAGAGGCUCUACAGAAGCUCCAGAAACAACAGGAACAAACCGAGGAGCAUCUGAAGAAGGAGAAGGCUCAAUACGAGGAGCUCAAAGAGUGCCAGAGCGCUCUGGAGAAGGACAAAAACAAACUGACUACUGAUCUUAAAGCUCUGGCUGAGAAGAAUGAGAAGGAGCUGAAGGAGCUCCUGGCAGCGAAGCAACUGUUGAUCCAACAGAAGGUGGAGCAGCAGGGGAAGGUGGAGGCAGCUCAAGCAUCUCUGGAGCAGGAACAGAGAGAGCAUCAGAAGACCAGAGACUCCAUCAAACAAAAACAGCAGCAGCUCAAAGCUGAGACGGACAAGCUACAGCUGCAACUGGCUUCAGAAGUGAAGGCUAAAGAAGAGGUGGAGAAGCAGAGGGAUGAGGCGGAGGUGAGGAUGUCUAUGCAGGUGGCAGCACUGAACGAGAACGUGGCGACGCUGAAGCGGGAGUGGCAGAGCAGCCAGAGGCGGGUGGGCGAGCUGGAGAAACAGACGGAUGAACUGAGAGGGGAGAUCGCUGUUUUGGAGGCCACCGUUCAGAACAACCAGGAUGAGAGACGCGCACUUCUGGAGAGGUGUGUCCAGGGUGAGGGUGAGAUCGAGAAGCUUCAGGCGAAGUUGGUGGAGAUGCGCAGGAAGCUGGAUGACACUACAGCCGCCAUGCAGGAGCUUGGCCGGGAGAACCAGUCUUUACAGAUAAAACAGUCGCAGUCUCUCACACGAAAGUGGGCGGAAGAUCACGAGGUGCAGAACUGUAUGGCUUGUGGGAAGGGCUUCUCGGUCACUGUCAGAAAGCACCACUGUCGACACUGCGGCAACAUCUUUUGUGCGGAGUGCUCUGCCCGCAACGCCAUGACGCCCUCCUCCAAAAAGCCUGUCCGAGUGUGUGACAAUUGCUAUGAUGAGCUCCAGGUCUGAUUGCCCUCCCUCCCAAACCCGUCCCCUGCAGCCCUCUGUGCCCUGCUCACCCUGACCUUUCCCCAGAAAACACGAGCAACCAGGAGAGACCAGCUGAGGGCUGAUGCAGAAGCUGCAGGGGCCACUGAGGAACAGCGUGUCAUGGUGGUCACUUAAUGCUGCCAAUCAGAUAGAGGUUACACUAAAUUAAACCUGCCAGAACGGCUGUCCUCAUCUGUCCAGUGCCUUUGCCACUCAUGGGGCCACUUUCAGACCCAGAGGAUUUAAAAGGGAGGGACCGCUUAAGCAGAUGUAUAAUUUGUAAUAUAAAGAUCAGUUCCUUAUGAAAGUUUUUUGCUAAAGUACAGCAGCUUUGACACUCAGGAUUGAGUUUUACAUUGAUGUCGUCAUAUAAAAGUCUCUAAUGUAACAUUAAGAAAAGGGGGGUGGGAAGGAAUCGGAGUAGAACCAAAGCUGUUCGCAGGGUCCUUAUUUGAUAUCAUAUUUGUAAGUAAAUGUACAGACAAAAGAGGCACAUGUGAAUAAUUCAGAUAUAACUGUCACUCUGUGGAGACUGUAUCAUUUGUCGUUCAGUGUGGGCAUGUUCAUAAGAUAUACGUACAUACUUGCUUUGCUGCUCUUAUGUCUGUUGAAAUGAAACACUUGAUUGGUUUGUUUUGCAUUUAUAACCUCACCAGUAGAACUUGGUGAAUUAUUUUAAAGAUUUACACACACGAAUAUGUCUUUUUUUUGUUUCUUUUUAUCAAUUUGUACAUGCUGGAUGUACAUGUCCUGCUUUUAAGCAAUAACUGUGCAUCAGGUGUGAUUGUUUGUGUGCUAGUAUAUUGAAAAUGAAUGAAAGACCGCUGAUUGUGUUUAGAAUAUCGGCUGCUACAGUUCUCUUCAAUUUGAGCGGAUUCUCUCAUUCAUGGCAAAUCCAAGUUCUCACCAUUUACAAACCUUCCAAACCUGUAUGACAAACUUUGUAUUGAGGAACAGAAAAAUGACAACCAUUGUAUUUUUGUCCAUACAAAAUAUUUAAAAUAAUCUUUUUUUUUCUUAGUUUUUUUAGUAGAACACAAGAUAAUUUGAAGAAUAUUGAAAGCCAAACAAAAGAUUGUCUAUACAAUGGAAGUCAGUGGGAACUGAAACUAUUUACUGACAUUCUUUGAAAUAUCUUCUAAUAAGUCUUGCUUUCUUUGUGCGUUUUGCAGAUUACAAAAGAAGGUAUUUUGAAGAAUGUUGAUGACCGAACUAUUUCAGUUUACUUUGACUUCCAUUCAUUUUUUGUUCAAACAAUAAAAGUCAAUGAAGUUUAAAAGGUAUUCUUCUGGAUCCCAUUGACUUCCACUGUAAGGACAAAAAAAACAGACAUUUUUAAAAAUAUUUUCUUGUCAUACAGGUUUGAAUCGACAUUAAGGUGAAUACAUGACACAAUUUAUAUAUUUUUGGUGAACUAUUCCGUCAUUGUAAGCGCUAAGUGUAGAGCUAAAUGCGAGCGAGUGCAACUAACUUCUGUAAAGUAUGCUUCACUGUAUGCGAUUUAUACAGUAGCUACGUUUUGGUGUUUUCGCUCUGCUUAAUCGGUUAUAACGCAGCGGUCAGUUUGAUUCUGGGGAAUUGAUUACUUCCUGUUUGUGUGGAUAGAUGGAUUCAGGUUCAUAACGAUCUGUAGGUAUCCCAGGAAGAAUCAUUAAUGUCUCAGGAUGUUUUGCGCUCAUCACCAUGAUUUUAGAAAACCGAAUAUUAGCCCUUUAACGUGAUUGUGGAUGAAAUGUGUGCUGCAGUCAAGAAGCCCCUCAGUGCCAUAUAACUGGUCAAAACCCUCCAUCUGACAUCACUUCCUGUUUUCUCUAACCAUUAACAAUGCUGUAAUUAUUAGCAAUGUGUCUGUGCACAUUCAGAAGAAAAGCAGGUUGUGCCUCUUGAAAAUAAAGCUAAUUUGUGAGCGCAUAUGCCGAGUGCAUCACUUGUAGGUUUUUGCAUCAGAACUACUCACUAACAGUACCUGUUUUAUGGCUGUCAUGAAUUAUUACUAUUGAUUGGCUCAUAUAUCCAGCAGGGUGUUCCCAUUCAUGUUGUGGUGAUGUGUUUGUGUGCCUUACAGUAUGUCAAGGUUUGUUUCUAUCACUCAAUGCAGACAUGUCUUAACAGGCAAAACCUGUCAAAUACAUGUUCAUUCAUUUAGAAGGAUCCUACAUAUUUGUAAUGUGAAAGCAGUAUCUGAAAUAGAUGGAAGAAAUCAACCAGAAUAUACUAAAUACACAAAAUAAUAAAUCUAAAAAGAAAAAAAAGUGCAAAAUAUCACCUACUGACAGUGAUUUUUAAGGUUAAUUGUUUUGUUUGCUGAAGGUCCGGGCUCAAAUGAAGAACAGCUGAACUUCUUCAUUACCUGAGAUGUUUUGCUGUUGUGGGAGAAAAAAUGUUCAGAAGUAUUAUGUGUUCAAAUUUUCCAUCAUGUUUAAGAGUAAAUAAACUAGCUGUUUCUAUUUUC